CGGGUUCUGGGACGCUCAGACGCCGCGCGGGACGGGGAUUGGUCUACGAGUUAUUUUUUUGGCUCCUCGCAGUUCACUGCUGCGGCUCGCGGGACACCUGCUCGUUCUGCCGGCGCGGAGAUUUGUGGCCGCGCUCCCUCCAGCCUCGCAGUCCGCAGGGCUGGGAAAAGGACUGGACCGUGCAGUCUUCGGACCCCUACCGGACCCUGCGUAGCGCCGCUGAGCCAUCGUAGAGCGAGAUGAGCUCUGACGCGGCGGCCGGGGCACCCCUGCCCCGGCUCUGCUGCCUGGAGAAGGGUCCGAACGGCUAUGGCUUCCAUCUGCACGGGGAGAAGGGCAAGGUGGGCCAGUUCAUCCGGCUGGUAGAACCCGGCUCGCCGGCCGAGAGGGCGGGGCUGCUGGCGGGAGACCGGCUGGUGGAGGUGAACGGAGAGAACGUGGAGAAGGAGACGCAUCAGCAAGUGGUGAGCCGCAUCCGCGCGGCGCUCAAUGCGGUGCGUCUGCUGGUGGUCGAUCCCGAGACCGACGAGCGGCUGCAGAAGCUGGGCGUCCAGGUCCGGGAAGAGUUGCUGCGCGUCCAGGAAGGGCCCAGGCAGGCCGAGCCUCCGGCCGCCGCCGAGACACAGGAGGCUGGCGGCGAAAAUGAGCCGCAGGCCGCCGCUCAGGAACCGCGUGAAGCCGAGAAGAGCCAUCCCGAGCGGCGUGAGCUUCGGCCUCGGCUCUGCACCAUGAAGAGGGGCACCAACGGCUAUGGCUUCAACCUGCACAGUGACAAGUCCAAGCCAGGCCAGUUCAUCCGGUCAGUGGACCCAGACUCACCGGCCGAAGCUUCGGGGCUCCAGGCCCAGGAUCGCAUUGUGGAGGUGAACGGGGUCUGUAUGGAGGGCAAGCAGCACGGGGAUGUGGUAUCUGCUAUCAAAGCUGGUGGGGACGAGACGAAGCUGCUGGUGGUGGACAAGGAGACCGACGAGUUCUUCAAGAAAUGCAAAGUGAUCCCAUCUCAGGAGCACCUGACCGGUCCCUUGCCCGAGCCCUUUACCAAUGGGGAGAUCCAGAAGGAGAACAGUUAUGAAGCCCUGGCCGAGGUAGCAUCUGAGAACCCCAGGCCAGCCCUGGCAAGAUCCACCUCCAGUGACACCAGCGAGGAGCUGAAUUCCCAAGACAGCCCCAAGAAACAAGACUCCACUGUACCCUCAUCUACCUCCUCCUCCUCCGACCCCAUCCCAGACUUCAACAUCUCCCUGGCCGUGGCCAAAGAGAGGGCCCACCAGAAGCGCAGCAACAAACGGGCCCCGCAGAUGGACUGGAGCAAGAAAAACGAACUCUUCAGCAACCUCUGAGGGCCUGCCCCGGCCACCCAGGAAAGCUGGCGAGCUGGGCCCACACCCCGAUCUAACUCCCUCCCUUCGCCCACUUACCCACGAAUGACAUGCAAAUCAGCACCAGCAUCUCCCCCUUGGCAAAUCUGAUUUUUCUAGAGAACUGUGUUCUUCCCUUACCGCAGAGAAAGGGAAUGUUUUUCUGUCCUACCCCAAUCAAAAAGCAGACUCUGUCCUCCUCCUGAGUGCCUCAGCCUGUCAGGUGUCCCUUUGCCACUCCACCUGGGACAUCACAGGGACCUCCACCCAGCAAGAAUUGUGGGACCAGGUGAGACAUCAUGACCCCAAGUGGUGAGUGGGUCUGGGGCUGAUCAAGGACUCAGAAUUCAGCAAGCACAUCACCCUGAGAGCUGUGGGUUGAGCAUCGUAUUUUUGUCAUUUGAUUUGUUUAAGAGUGCAGUAUUGCAGAGUUUAGAGGGAUACUUGUUUCCUGAUUCAUAUGAUUUUCCAGGUUGUUGCAUCCAGGACAUAGCAGUGGCCUCGGCCUUAAACUGUUUUGUUUCUACUCCCACCCCAGAACGCUGGGCAGGUAGGGGGAGGGUUUGGCCAGCCCCUGCCCAGCGCUGAGCCAGGCACCACCAUUGUAAUUAUAAGGAAACCCCAUCAGAAAUUCAACUGGUUUCUCCAAACUUC